AUGACUGGAAUCCCUCCCUCCAGUCCAUCGGCCUGGACUCUAACCACUGACCAAAUCCUUCAACAACUCUCGGAUGCCCUCGGAAAACAUCCCGAUGUAGCUUCCGACUUCCCAGGCCUCAAGUCCCUCCUCGACGACUACCUUGAUGACAAAAUUGACCUCCACCGCAUCGAAUUCCAUCGACGUCUCCUGCGCAUAUUCCGCGACGCGCCCCGUGAUGACACGUAUCAAGGUCUCCUCGGGAAACUCGAGGAGCCUGAACGCGAGCGGGUGUCGAGGUUCGUAGAUGGCGGCGAGGAAAUUGAGAAGUGUGGGUUAGGGUUCGAGCAUACGAUGAGUCUUGGUGUGAGGGAGCAUAUAAGGGAGAUGAUGGGGAGAGACUCCGUGAGGAUUGGAAAGGAGGGCCCUGUGCACGUCGCUGGUUUAAGCAGCGAGGAGUUGAAGGAGAAGGAUGGAGUGUUUCAUCAGUUUGUACAUGGGCUGGCGUCGUUGUUCAAGUGUGUGCACUUCUCUGCCGUGAGAGAGAUGCUACACCCAGACGAAGUUAUUGUCUACAGGGACACCGAGUUCCACAACUGGGGCCUUACUGAGGCGUAUACACCCGUCUACACGUGUAUCCCAUCCACUGUCGCUGGGGUCCAGAGGAUCGUGCGAUAUGCAAAGCAGCACUCCAUGGGUGUUCGCUGCGCCGGUUUCCCUCCGAUGUUUGGACGCAAUGGGCAAAUACUCAUCUCCUUGCUGAGCAUCCAGGAGGCUGCGGUAAUCCCAAACACCACAGCCUUCAGCUUCGUCCCGCAGAGACCGCCCACGGAACUUGAGUCUAUCGAGGUUGCUCCAGGGACACCCCUUAAGAAGGGUAAUACCCUUGUCCGAGUCGGCGCAGCAGUUACCAAUGAGCGGUUGAGGCGCUGGUGUGUGGAAAGCAAUAGAUACACGCUUCCCCUCAACGUCAUUAUGGUAGAAAUGACCGUUGGCGGGACCAAUGGCGCAAUUUGCCACGGCUCAGGGAGAGCGCAGCAAACGCUUAGCGAUCUCGUGAGGAAGAUUGAAUACGUUGACGCAAAUGGCAAGCUCAAAGUCGUUGACGAUCCGGAGCACCUGCGGGCUGCUAGCGGAUGCUUUGGUUUAAUGGGUGUCAUUACACACCUCACUCUUGAGUUCUCGCCGAUGACCUACGCCAUCCUGGAGGCAAAGCACAUUCCAACUAUCAGGGCCGUGCCUCCUCCUCCCGACAUGAAGGAAGAGGACAUCCCGCCUGCUCUGAGAUUGCCUCUGACGCCCGAGGAACGGAAGCACGACCAGGAGCAGUUUGAGCGGCAUGCCGUCAGCGACUACUAUAACGAGUGGUUUUGGUUCCCCUUCUCUGAUACGGUCUGGGUCAACUGUUGGAACCACACGGCAGACGGUGAAGGCGCGGAUGAUUAUCCAGAUGGCGGCGCCAUCUUUUUCUCCUUCGUCACCCAAUUUGCCCUCAACGUCCUCCAAUUCGCGCCUACUCUCCACGAGUUCAUCGAUGACCUUGGUCUCAACGAGGCUGCCACAACACUUAUAUCACGAGCUGCCAAGUUCGCGCUGCCUGACGAGAAGGUCAAGACCUACCUCACAGACGCGCAGCACUUCCAGCGAGGGAUCCAGAAUGUGAGGGUGCUCAACCUUGAAGUUGAAAUGCCUCUUGUGCCUAGCAAGGAGGACCCGAAGAAGCCAGACUGGGCUAUCGUGCAAAGGGCUUGGUGGGAUGCCAUCCUCAAGUGCUACCAGCACAGCGAUACAUGCCCGCAACGCAUGCCACUCGAGAUGCGGGUGAUAGGAGGCAGCAAUGUCAUCAUGGCGCCGCAGAGGGGCAAUGACUUGGGAACAUGCGCCAUCGAGAUUCUCACGCUCUACUCGGCCAAGGAUGACUGGGUGCCGUACGCGCAGGAGGUGCUCAAUAAGUGGAUGUCGCUUACUGAUUCUGAUGGCCGAAAGCUGCGGAUUAGACCCCAUUGGGCAAAACAAUGGUCCGAGUUCAAGGUGGAUGGAAAGCCUUGGGCUGAGAGGCUACGCGAUGAGGUUUACAAAGAGGAGAUUGUCGAGUUCAAGAGGACGCUUGCGAAUAUUGGGAGAUUGCAUGGUUGGGGACUUGCAGACUUGAAAGCGAGAUUCUCCAACGACUUUUUCGAUUGGUUCUACUUUGACGAUGUAGUUGCCGAUGGGGUCAAUGGCGUUUCCCGUGUGGAUGUCGGCAAGGGUGGUAAGUAA